GUCUGUCAGCAUCCGAUCAAAGGCACCCAGUGAGAACGGGAGCGUUAUCUAGGGCGCGGACUACUGCGUGUCGUACCAUAUCCUAUCACCAUGUCGCCAUUGCCCAGACUAGAAUCCGGCCUCGAUCGUGACCAACACCGUGGAUGUACGAUGUUAAGAAACCGAGUUCACGUUAACGGCUACUGAACUGUCAGUGCUUUCCUGAUACAAAUACGUCCUGACACCCAGGACCCCUGUCCGAACCUCAAGCCAUCCAGCCUUGCUUUCACGAUGAUCUUGGACACCAUUUCGAUCGAUGACCUGGUAAGGGCUGGCUCCCGAGUAUCUUUGCUCGCCCUGAUCCUUGGUACCGUGACUCUAGCAGCUUAUUAUAUCGUACCUUAUCUCGCAAAUAAGGGCAAACUAAACGACAUCCCCGGUCCACUGGUAGCAAAAUUCUCAAAUCUCUGGAGUCUUUACUGGGCCAGACAGCAUCAGCUAUCAUGGGUCACAUACGAUUUGCACAAAGAACUUGGUGACUUUGUCAGGCUGGCACCGGACCAUGUCAGCAUUUCGCAUCCAGACAGUAUCAGGGACGUCCUAGGUCACGGCAAUGGCUUCACUAAAUCCGAGUUCUACUAUGCCUUCGACAACAUCCAGUCGGGCAUCUUCACGACCCGGGACCGAGCCGCUCACAGCCGUAAGCGGAAGUACGUCUCCCAUAUGUUCAGCCCAAAAGCCAUGGUUGGCUUCGAGCCAUACAUGACCAGCGCCAUUGGCACGCUCGCAACACAGAUGAACGCGUUGAUCGACACUGGUCGCGCCAACCGGUACACUGCUCUUGGUGCUGUUGAUCCCGAGCUCAAAGCUCGACAAGGACCAGGCGAGGCCGCCCUAGAUGUGGCUCAAUGGUCCGCUUUCCUGGCAUUCGAUAUCAUCGGCGACUUGGCCUUCGGAGAACCAUUCGGCUUCACCGCCGAAGGCAAAGACACCAACGGCGGUAUCAAGAAACUGCGUGACCGUGGCGAAUGGUGCGCAACAGUCGGUCAAAUGCCUUGGAUCAAAACGUGGACACCAUACUUCUUCUUCGACUCCUUCUUCGCCAAAGGCCUCCAAGCCACGAAAGAUCUAGCUGCCAUCGGCAUCGCCAAAGUCGAAAAACGCAAAAUGGCCAGCCGCGACGCCUCGAGGCGCGAUAUCCUCUACUACCUGCUCUCCGCCACCGACCCAGAUACCGGCGGCGAAUUGCCCGACCGCGAAAUCAAAGCCGAGGCUCUCACCCAGCUCAUCGCAGGCAGCGACACUACAGGAAACACCAUCACGCAUCUGGUCGAUAUGCUGGCCCGCCACCCCGAAGCCCUGAAGACACUUCAGGCCGAGCUCGACGCCGCAUUCCCCAAUGUGGACCAAGACUUCGUCGCCAUGUUUGAGGAUUGCAAGGAUCUGCCGUACACGCAAGGCGUGAUCAACGAGACACUCCGUCUUCGAACGACGGUGUCAGUCGGUCUGCCCAGAGUCGUCCCCAAGGGCGGCGCCAUGGCUUGUGGACGGUUCUUCGAGGAGGGCACAACGCUGAGCACGCCUACGUACACUGUCCACCGCGAUGUGAGGGUUUGGGGGCCCGAUGCGCACGACUUCAAGCCUGAACGAUGGAGACGUGAGGGCGCUGCGGACCUGGAGAAGGCGUUUUUGGGGUUCUCGUACGGGCCAAGAGCUUGUAUUGGACGGAAUGUCGCAUACAUGGAACUCAAGAAGACGGUUGCCACGCUAUUCCGACUCUUCGAGUAUCGCGUCGUGUUCCCUGAGAAGGAAUCGCAUAUUCGUGAGGGUUUCCAUCUCAAGUGUCAGGAGUUGCCUGUCUUUGUGCGCAGACGGACACCGGUGUCGAAGGGUACUCACGGCUCGGUGACACUGUCAUAGAUGGACGGAUGAAUGCACUGCUUCAGGCUAUUCAGGCUAUUCAGGUAGACAACUUGAGAAAGCAUAUUUGAACGAGUUGGAACUC